CUUCCUUCUCCUCCUUCCUCCUAUUUCCAACUCCUUUCUUCUCUCUUGGCGAUUCAGUCGCGCGCAGAGUCGCAGACGCAACGCAACUGGUCCUUCUCCUCUGGAAAAGAAAAAUCUCCGGAGCCCGAGGAACCUUCCAUUUCUCCCCUAAUCCCUUUCUCCCCACUCGAAUGAAAUUCCAGCUUCUCGCUCCGUCUCUUCCCAGAUUUCCGUGAGGGGGACUUAGGGUUUUCUUCACAGGUGCUCGAGCUUUCGAAUACAUUACUCCGCGCCUUCAGAUUGCUUAAAUUCAGCGGCCACGUAGUUGGAUCUGCUCCAUGGACUCGCGAGAUUCGGCAUCUCAAUCCUCCUCGUCCUCCGUCGCCGCACCGGCGACCAGCGGUUCCACGUCCGCCAACGGGGAGGACGACGCCAUCCUCUCCUUGACUGCUGCUCUCGCCAAGGAUGCCGCAUUGCACUUCCAGUCCCGCCGCUUCUCCGACUGCCUCGAGGUUCUGCAUCAGCUCAAGCAGAAGAAAGAAGGCGAUCCUAAAGUACUUCAUAAUAUUGCUAUAGCAGAAUAUUUUCGAGAUGGUUGUUCGAAUCCAAAGAAGUUGCUUGAUUUACUCAACUCCGUGAAGAAGAAAAGCGAGGAUCUUGCAAAUGCUUCCAGGGAAGCUGUGGAAGUUGGUAGCAAUAGUGGGAACAAAGUCGCACCUGGUUCUAAAGGAAGUAAUACGAUGACACAUCAGUUCUCUGCAGGAAAUAGUGGGACACUUGUUUACAUGGAUGAAUUUGACCCAGCUGUGGCAACGCUAAACAUUGCUAUUAUUUGGUAUCAUCUUCAUGAGUAUACGAAAGCCCUAUCAGUUUUAGAGACUCUGUAUCACAAUAUCGAGCCAAUAGACGAGACAACAGCUCUUCAUGUUUGCUUGUUAUUGCUGGAUGUCGCACUUGCUUGUCAAGAUGCAUCCAAAUCUGCUGAUGUGCUACUUUAUCUAGAAAAAGCUUUUGGUGUCAAUACUGUUAGUCAUGGUGAUAACGGUAAUGCACAACUGCAGCAAUCAACGAAUCUAGUUGCAAAAUCUUCUUCUAUUCCAACCAGUUCAUCUGCAGUCGAUACGUCUAAUUCUGAUUUAGGGGCUAGCGGGAGUGCCUUAGAAAGUUCGUUAUCAAGGUCGCUAUCAUUAUCAGAGGAGUCACUUGAGUACGAAUCUGUGUUUUCGCUAGACAUAAGUGCGCAGGGCUUGGGAAAGCCACCAGGCUUUUCAUCAUCUACUGAUCUUUCAAGGACCUCAGGGGACAGGGCUAUGUCUACAAUCGAUUUGAAGCUUAAGUUGCAACUCUACAAGGUUCAGGUUCUUCUUCUGACUAGGAACUUGAAACAUGCUCAGCGUGAAGUUAAGCUAGCUAUGAACAUUGCACGAGGGAGAGACUCAUCAACAGCCUUACUCUUGAAGUCUCAGCUUGCAUAUGCCCGUGGCAACCAUCGAAAGGCUAUGAAGCUUUUGAUGGCAUCAAGUAACCGAACAGAAAUGGGGAUUUCCAACAUGUUCAAUAACUUAGGUUGCAUUUAUUAUCAGCUUGGGAAAUACCACACCUCAUCAGUCCUCUUCUCAAAAGCACUGAGCAGUUGUUCAUCUCUUCGGAAGGACAAGCCUCUAAAGCUGUUAACUUUGUCACAGGAUAAGUCUCUCCCCAUAUUAUACAAUUGUGGGGUGCAGCACUUGGCAUGUGGGAAACCUUUGCUAGCUGCUCGUUGUUUUCAGAAGGCGAGCUUAAUAUUCUAUAACAGGCCUCUGCUGUGGCUCCGCCUUGCUGAAUGCUGUAUUAUGGCUUUAGAGAAGGGAGUAAGUAGAGCUAGCAGUGGUGCCUCUUCUGGCAAAACAGAAAUCAUGGUGCAUGUUAUUGGUAAGGGAAAAUGGAGGCAUCUUGCUGUGGAAGAUGGGAUAUCAAGAAAUGGAUUUGCUGAAAAAGAGGGUCCGUCUCUGGGCGAUGGUCAACCUAAGCUUUCAAUGUCUUUUGCUCGACAGUGCCUAUUCAAUGCUUUGCAUUUGUUAGACUACUCCGAACUAAAUCAUCUAAAAUACGGGUUACCGUCAUCUUUCUCCUUGGAGGAAAAUGAAUCGGGAGACACUUUGAAGAACCCGAAUCACAAGAACUUGAUAGGUAUUGAUGCCACAGCCUCGGCAGGCAACAUGGGUCACACUAAUGCAAAUGGAGACGCAAAAGAGCAAAAAGGAGGAGCAACAAGCCAGGAAGUAAUGCAGAACUCGAUAUCUCACUACGAAGUUGUCCAUCGCAGAGAAAACCAGAUGAUUAAGCAAGCUCUUCUUGCAAACCUGGCAUAUGUUGAACUGGAACUUGAAAACCCCACCAAGGCUUUGUUGAGUGCGAUGUCUCUCUUGGAACUACCAGAAUGUUCAAGAAUUUUCGUCUUUCUUGGACACUUGUAUGCCGCAGAGUCACUCUGUUUACUGAACAAGCCAAAAGAAGCAGCUGAGCAUUUGUCGAUCUAUCUCUCUGGAGAAAACAAUGUCGAGUUGCCCUUCAAGCAAGAGGAUUUUGAGCAGCUGCAAGUGGAGAAAAGUUUGGAUUCGGAGGAGUCAAAUGGAGUAUCAUCGGCAGCAGCACAGAACAAGUCUUCUUCUAAUUCUGCAGAGGAAUCACAAAGCAUCGCAUUCCUGAAGCCAGACGAGGCACGUGGGACCCUGUAUGCCAAUUUCGCCGCCAUGUACGCAAUGCAAGGAGAGCUCGAGCGAGCCUACAAUUUCGUGACGCAAGCACUGACCCUUUUCCCAGGGAAUCCAGAAGCGACGUUGACAGCAGUGUACUUGGACCUAUUGCUCGGGAAGUCUGAAUCGGCCAUUACCAGGUUAAAGCAAUGUAGCCGGGUAAGGUUUGUUUCAAGCAGUGUAGUAUUGAAUAAAUCUUGAUGUUGAGCGGUUCGGCUUCAUCGGGUUUGUAUCGGUUUGAGUCCAGCCGGGAGGGUUUUUCACUCAGCAUUCUUGUCUCCAGGUUCCCUUGGUCCGUGGAUAGUUUAGCAAGGUAGAUCAGCAAAUUCCUGGGUAGGAUUUUGUAACAUAUAUAUAGUUGACUUCAGAGAGAAUAAGUUUUCGGUUUUAUUCCCAGAUUUAGCAGUGGGGGGUGAUAGUUUGGUUGGAGGGUUUGAAUUGAUUGGUGCUGGCCUGAGUAGCGUUUGGGGAUGGAUAUAAUCAGGGAGAAGGUAAGGCCCUCACCAUUCGAGGAUUUGUAAUGUUAUGUGCUCUUCUUGUUGAGAUUGCGAGGAGGAAUGCAGCAGGAGGAUGAAUGUGAGAGAGAGUCAGAAGGAAAAUGAACUAUACAAACAGUUUUUCUUUCACAUCUCAUAUUGUUAUUUCAAUGUGUAUUGAGGUCCAUUUUUGGGGCAUUCAUUGAUUGCUCUCUACUCUUUACUUCGUCGCAUUGUGUCUCGACUCUCGAGCAUGUCUGAACUGUGCACAUAUUUCAUCUGUUGUAUUGUUGCUUGUUAGUUGGUUUCUAAUUUUCCAUGUUGUGCUCUCUCGGGAGGGAUUUUGCUACCAUGAUGCUGUUGAUGGGCACCGACGGAUGGUCUUUGGUUCGACUCUUGCAGCCCAGUGAUCUUCGUUGUUAGACGUACGAACU